UUACAGGUUCUCAUGGAGCCAGAAUUGGGGGCAAAUGGAACUACUGUUACUGAGUUCAUUCUACUGGGCUUAGUGGAGACACCAGAGCUGUGGCCUUUUGUCUUUGUGAUCUUCCUCUUUGCCUACCUAGUUUCAGUUGGGGGCAACCUGAGCAUCCUGGCUGCCAUCUUGGUGGAACCCAAACUCCACACCCCCAUGUACUUUUUCCUGGGGAACUUGUCAGUGCUGGAUGUUGGGUGUAUCACUGUCACUGUUCCUGCUAUGUUGGGUCGUCUCUUGUCCCAUAGGCGUAUAAUUUCCUAUAAUGCCUGCCUCUCUCAACUCUUCUUCUUCCACCUUCUGGCUGGGAUGGACUGCUUCCUGUUGACAGCCAUGGCCUAUGACCGAUUCCUGGCCAUCUGCCGGCCCCUCACCUACAGCACCCGCAUGAGCCAGACAGUCCAGUCGACAUUGGUGGCUGUGUCCUGGGCCUGUGGCAUCAGCAAUGCACUGACCCACACUAUUGCCCUUACUACCCUCAACUUCUGUGGUCCGAAUGUCAUCAAUCACUUCUACUGUGACCUCCCACAGCUCUUCCAGCUGUCCUGCUCCAGCAUCCAAUUCAAUGAGCUGUUGCUCUUUGUCAUGUGUAUUCUAAUGGCAGGUGCCCCUCUGGUUCUCAUCAUCACCUCCUACAUCCAUGUGGCAGCUGCUGUUUUACGAAUCCGCUCAGUGGAGGGCAGGAAGAAAGCCUUCUCCACAUGUGGCUCCCACCUCACUGUGGUUUGUCUCUUCUAUGGAACUGGUAUCUUCAACUACAUGCGUUUGGGUUCAGAGGAGUCUUCAGACAAGGAUAAAGGGGUUGGGGUUUUCAACACAGUUAUCAACCCCAUGCUGAACCCACUUGUCUAUAGCCUUAGAAACCCUGAUGUGCAGGGUGCCCUAUGGAGGGUGCUCAUAGGGAAGUGGUCACUGACCUGA